AUGUCCUUCUACUUCUCGGACACGGCAGUGCUGCUCUUUGACUUCUGGAGCGUCCACACCCCCACAGGGAUGGUUCUCUCCGUGCUGGUGAUCCUGCUGCUGUCGAUGCUUUACGAAGCCGUCAAGAUGGGCAAGGCCGUGCUGCUGCAGCGGGCGCUGCUGGCUCUGCCCCGCAGCCUCAGCCGGGAGUCGCUGGCGGAGCCAGAGGAGCGGGGCACCGGCCCUGGGCAGGGCAGGUGGUUUCAAUACCACGUCGGCCAGACGCUGUUCCACGUGGUGCAGGUGGUGCUGGGCUACAUGGUGAUGCUGGCCGUCAUGUCCUACAAUGCCUGGAUCUUCCUUGGGGCCAUCGUAGGCUCCACACUGGGCUAUUUUGUGGUGUACCCCCUGCUCGGUCGGGGCUAG